AUGUUACGCUCCAUCGUCACUCUUGCCGUCGCCGUUGUCGCCCUCGCCGGCUUCUCCAUCGCAGCCCCUCAGGAGUGCGACCCGCUCACAGACCCGUCCUGCCCCCUGUCCUGCAUCGGAGAGGGUAAGCUCUGCACCACCAUGGGAACGGCCACUUGCUGCCCCGGCACUAUCUGCCAGACCAUCCUGCCGGAGAUGAUCGGCGAUGUUGAUAUUGGCUUCUGCGCCUCGGCUUGA